CUCAACAUUUGUAUUUGACAGCAUUAAUAGGUAUCUAGUCGUUAGAUGUAAUGGACUCUGUACAAGAAUAUUACGAUUUUGUGCUGCCCUUGAUAAAGGAAGCGGGAAAGGUGCUUUUGCAUGCCAAAAAUUACAAAAUAGAAACCAAAGGUGAAAUUUACGAUGAGGUGACAGAAUAUGACAGAAGAAUUGAAGAGGUUCUUAUUAAGAAGAUCAGGGAACGGUGGCCUUCACAUAGUUUUAUUGGAGAAGAAGAAUCUCACGUGAACGGCAUAGGAACAUUAACGGAUAAUCCAACAUGGAUCAUAGAUCCGAUAGAUGGCACUGCAAACUUCGUAAGAAACUUAAAGGAUUCCUGCGUUUCAGUAGGAUUAGUGAUAAACAAAGUACAAACAAUGGGACUAGUGUUCAAUCCCUUUUUAGAUGAAUUGUAUUCAGCUAUUAAGGACCAGGGAGCAUAUCUCAAUGGAAAACGAAUAUAUGUCAGCAAAGAAACAGAUAUAAUGAAGGCAGUAUUUAACUACGAACUCUCCUUAGCAAGAAAUCCAAAAUACUAUGAACUGUACAUGUACAGAUUGAAAUAUCUAAUCCAAAUUAUCAAUGGUUUUCGCUCAUUGGGUUCAGCAGUGAUGGGACUGUGCUAUGUAGCUUCAGGCAGACUAGAUGCUUACCAGUGUGAUGGAUUAUAUCCUUGGGAUGCAGCAGCUGGAGUUCUUAUAGUUAGGGAAGCUGGAGGCGUAGUUUGUGACUCUAAAGGUUGUGAAUUCAAGCUGAUGGAUCCGAAUUUUUUGGCAACGUCGACACAAGAGUUGUCAGACAAAUUCAUGGAGAUUGAAAGAAAAGCUGAUGAUGAACGUUUAAGGGACAUGAAAAAUGGUACCAAAUUUCAUCCUUAAUGUUUAUAUAUUUUGGAAAUUAAAUAAAUUUUUAUAUAGUUAUUAGAACAAAAAUGUACAGUGAAUGUUUUUUAUAAUAAACUAUUUUUUUACUGU